GACUCGGUGCGGAACUCCGAACUGUAAAAUAGCGCUCUCGUCCUUCCCUGCCCUCAUUACCGCUCUAGGCUACCAGCAGCCCAUUGAUCUGUGGCGGGAAGAUUUGCAAUCUUCAGGAGCACCUUUGCAGUCACAAUCUCUUGCCAUCUUGGUUAUCCUACCACUGCUUCAUGGAGGACGAACCGGCGGUGCCGGAGCAGACAGCUCGCCGUUCGAAAAGGGCUAGGGCUCCGGUUAGGUCUGCUGAUUUUACGCGCUCUGAUAAAAUCGAAGAUGUGUUGGAGGAAGAAAGGGAAGAAUCUUCGGAUGAUUUUCAAGAACCCCGUAGAAAAUUUAAGAAGAGCAAGGCUGCUGAAGGGGCGUCGACUUCGGCUGCAGCCGCGCGAAAGGAUGGUCCGAGUUUAAUUGAGGUUAUUAAAGGUGAAGGAAAGGAGAUCCCUGAUGCCGUGAAAAGAUGGGUUGAGCAUUAUGAAAAGAACCAAAAGGCUGCUAUGGCAGAACUCCUUACUACGCUUUUUGAGGCAUGCGGGGCAAAAUAUAAUCUUCAAGAAGAAGAUGUAGAUGAGACUGAUGUUGAUGAUGUGGUAGUUGCUCUCGUUAAUAUAGCUCGACGAGGCGAGGUUGAAGAUUAUCAGAGUGCAAAAAGGGGCUUCAAGCAUUUGAAAGAUAAUCUUGUACAUUUCUUGGAUAGUUUGGUGAGCGAAUGCCAGAGUGGACCACUCUUUGACCAGUCACUAUUUGACAAGUGUCUUGACUACAUUAUUGCCUUAUCAUGCACUCCUCCAAGAUUUUAUCGUCAGAUGGCUUCAUUGAUGGGGCUUCAACUUGUGACAUCCUUCAUCAAUGUAGCUAAAAUGCUUGGUUCACAGAGAGAGAUCACCCAGAGACAGCUGAAUGCUGAAAAGAAGAAAAGCACUGAAGGGCCUCGAGUAGAAUCACUUACUAAAAGGCUAUCAACGACGCAUGAUAAAAUAACUGCCUUGGAAGAGUUAAUGCGGAAAAUUUUUACUGGGUUGUUUGUACAUCGGUAUCGAGACAUCGAUCCAGAUAUUCGGAUGUCAUGUAUAGAGUCCCUUGGUGUGUGGGUACUAUCGUAUCCCUCCCUUUUCUUGCAGGAUUUGUACUUGAAAUAUCUUGGGUGGACAUUGAAUGACAAAAGUGCUGGUGUGAGAAAGGCCUCCAUUCUGGCAUUGCAAAAUCUUUAUGAGGUUGAUGAUAAUGUGCCAUCGCUUAACCUUUUCACUGAGAGAUUUUACAAGAGGAUGCUUGAGCUUGCUGAUGACAUUGAUAUAUCUGUGUCAGUAUGUGCAAUAGGGCUUGUAAAACAGCUAUUGAGGCUUCAACUUGUGCCUGAUGAAGAGCUAGGUUCAUUAUAUGAUUUACUAAUUGAUGAUCCACCUGAAGUUAGGCGCGCCAUUGGAGAACUAGUAUAUGAUCACUUGAUUGCUCAGAAAUUUAAUGAUUCUCAAUCCCGCUCAACAGGCAGUGAUGGUGAUCCUCCAGCAGUGCAUAUCAGUAGAAUGUUACAGAUUCUGAAAGAAUUUUCAUCAGACCCCAUCUUGAGUUCAUAUGUUAUUGAUGAUGUCUGGGAUUACAUGGGAGCCAUGAAAGAUUGGAAGUGCAUUAUUCGUAUGCUUCUGGAGGAUAAUCCAUCAACUGAGCUUGAUGAUGCAGAUGCUACAAGCCUGAUUAGGCUUCUCUUUGCAUCAGUAAGAAAGGCAGUAGGAGAAAGGAUUGUUCCUGCAACUGAUAACAGAAACCCACAUCAGACCAAAGCUCAAAAGGAGAUGAUUGAAAACAACAGGCGCCACAUCACAGUCUCAAUGAUGAAGGCCUACCCUCAGCUUCUUCGGAAGUUUAUGUCUGAUAAGGACAAAGUGGCACCUCUAGUUGAAAUUAUUAUUCACAUGAAUCUAGAGAUCUAUUCUCUCAAGAGACAAGAACAGAAUUUUAAGGCACUUCUUAAACUUAUUAGAGAGGCAUUUUUUAAGCAUGGGGAUAAGGAUACUUUGAGAUCAUGUGUGAAAGCAAUCAAAUUCUGCGCCACUGAGAGCCAAGGGGAGUUGCAAGACUUUGCCCAAAAUCAUAUCAAAGAGCUUGAAGAUGAAUUGCUUAUCAAAUUAAAAUCUGCAAUAGAAGAUGUUGUGAAUGGUGGUGACGAAUAUUCUCUGCUUGUAAACCUGAAAAGGUUGUACGAACUGCAACUGUCACACAAAGUACCUCUUGAUAUCUUGUAUCAAGAUCUUGUACACAUUCUCCAAAGUUUCAGAAACAUGGAUGAUGAGGUCAUCGCCUUUCUGCUUCUCAACAUGUUUCUUCAUGUUUCCUGGUGCCUGCACUCUGUUCUAUCCAGUGAAUCAGUCCCGGAGGCAUCUUUAUCUUCCCUGCUUAGCAAGCGUGAUUCUCUACUAGAACAGCUUGAGUACUUCCUUAAUAAUGCUUUGAAAAUUCAGGGGGAUAAUGUCCAUCAAAAUCAGCUGGCAUAUAGGGUAUGUGGUAUCCUUGCAGACCUGUGGUGCUUGUUCAAAAAGUCCAAAUUUGCCUUGACGAAGUUGGAAAUAUUAGGGUUCUCCCCAGAUAAAUCUUUUGUUGACAAGUACUGGAAAAUGUGUGAGCAACUGCUACAUGUUUCAGAUGAUGCUGAAGAAGAUGAAGGAAAUAGAGAAUACAUUGAGGAGACAAAUGCGGAUUCUGUCAUGUUUGGUUUAGCUAAAUUAGUGGCUACCGAUACAGUUCCUAAGGAGCGUCUUGCCCCUGAAAUACUUUCCCAUGUGGAAAAGUAUGGUGCCAGCGUUGGUGAGAUUGUGAAGCACCUACUUACUGCGUUAAAGAAGAAGGGAGACAUUUCACAUAUUAUCUUGGAAGCGCUGAAAAGGGCCUACCAAAAGUAUCUUGAAGUACUUUCAGCUGGUAAUGAGAAGUCACGGUUGACCAAGGCAUUUCAGGAAUGCAGAGAUCUUUCUGUUCGGCUGGCAGGAUCAUAUGUUGGAGUUGCUAGAAACAAAUAUAAAGCUGAAAUUUUGAAUACUGUUAAAGGGGGUAUCAACUAUGCAUUUACACAGGCUCCGAAGCACCUGUCUUUUCUGGAUGGUGCAGUGCUGCAUUUUGUCUCCAAGCUUCCGGCACCUGACAUUCUUGAGAUAAUAAGAGGGGUUGAGAGAAGAACUGAAAAUGUGAAGACUGAUCAAGAUCCCAGCGGAUGGCGUCCAUACCACACAUUUUUAGAUACACUUAGAGAGAAAUAUCUUAAGAAUGAUGGUGUAAAUGAUAAAGUUGCAGAUGGUAAAGAAGGUGCAUCCGUGAAGCGUGGUCGUGGUCGACCACGCAAACAUCACACUCUGCAAGGUAAAAGGCUUUUUGAUGAGCAAAGCUUGAGCGAAGAGGAAGAUUCGAUUGAUGGAUCCGACCAAGAUGCUGGGGCUGAAGACAAGCAAAACGACGACGACGAUGAAGAAGAUGCCCCUUUGAUACAUACACUUAGAGCAUCUAAACUGAGAUCUUUAAAAGUUUCCAAGGAUGACAAAAGGGACCCUAAAAAAAUCACGGACUCGGGUCGAGCCACCGAGGAGUUGGCUACCCCAAAAACAUCAGGUGCUUCCAGUUAGGCUCUGAAAUCCAACUGUUUAUUAUUCGUAAUAACAUAUAUAUAUAUAUGGUGUGUAAAUGAGCAGAGCAGAGCAGAGCAGAAGUGGACGUUUUAUGCUUAUUAUUUGUAGUGUUGCUGUUCUCUCUCUGUAAGUCGGCAUUUUAAAGAGUAUCAACUAAAUUCUGUUAAGACUCGUUCGUUGCCUCUCUUGUCUUGUAUCUCACCAAAUUGCUUA